AUGGAAUUAAAACCUCUUCCUCCACACCUUAAGUAUGCAUACCUUGAGGACAAGAAGAAGUUUCCAGUUAUCAUUGCAAGGGAGCUCACUUCCCAACAAGAAGAACAACUGCUUAGUGUAUUGAGGACGCAUAUGAAAGCAAUUGGAUGGAGCUUGGCAGAUAUAGUAGGCAUCAGCCCUCAAAAAGACAUUGAGUUCGAGUUUAGUGAGGAUUGCAAACAAGCGUUUGAUAAGCUGAAGACCGCCUUGACUCAAGCUCCGAUUGUGAGGGGACCAGACUGGAGUCAACCAUUUGAAAUCAUGUGUGACGCCUCCAAUCAUGCAGUAGGAGUAGCACUAGCUCAACAUGAAGCUAAAAAGGAGUAUAAGCCGAGGCUAAUACGUUGGAUGCUACCGCUGCAAGAAUUUGAUCUGGAAAUUAAAGAUAGGAGUGGUAACCAAAAUUUAGUGGCUGACCACUUGAGCCGCCUUGAGCACAAUAAAGAUGACUCCAUUCCUAUCAAUGAUAAUUUCCCAUUUGAUAGCUUACAGGCAGUAUCUGAUGUAGCCCCUUGGUAUGCACCUGUAGCCAAUUAUCUAGUGGAAGCAAUUCCUACCCGUACUGAUAAUGAUAACACCGUUGUUUCCUUUACUAAUGGGCAAGCAGAGGUGUCUAACAGAGAGAUAAAGUACAUACUACAAAAGGUAGUCAAGCCUCAUAGAAAGCACUGGAGCGCCAGGCUCCAAGACGCGCUUUGGGAAUAUCGGACAACAUACAAGACACCGAUUGGGAUGAGUCCUUUCCGCUUGGUUUAUGGAAAGGCAUGUCACCUCCCAGUUGAGUUGGAGCACAAAGCCUUCUGGGCGGUAAAGGAAUGCAACAUGGACUAUGAGAGAGCCGGAUCUGAACGGAAGUUGCAACUGCAAGAAUUAGAGAACCUUCGCCUGGAAGCUUAUGAAAACUCCAGGCUGUAUAAAGAGAAAGUGAAGGCUGUGCAUGUCAAGAGCAUUAAGAGAAGAGAAUUCCAACCUGGGGACUUAGUCCAACUUUACAACUCCAGAAUGCGACUCAUGCCAGGCAAGCUGAGAUCCAGAUGGGAUGGUCCCUAUCGAGUAGAGAGGGUGGAACCAUACGGAGUCUUUCACUUGAGCCAUCCUUCAGGCUCUGAACUUAUCAAAGUCAAUGGACAUCGCCUGAAGUUAUUCCAUGGCGAAAAGAUGGCGAAAAACCAGGAACAAGAGAUCUUCCUCUUGGAAGAUCCGCCCACAGUAGAAGACUGA